GACCCGGAAGUAGAUCUGUGGCUACGUCCCUUCAUUAAUUUUAGUCUCUUUGUCACCUUGGUGACCGCUACGCCUGGCCAAUGAUGCUUCGCGCUCUUGGCUUUCCGCCUUCGCCUUUUCGCUGGCCUCGAGUCCAGACAGCCCGAUGCUGCCUCAGUAUCACAUCCCGGGAAAGAAGGGGUUUCGCCGGCCGCGCCACGAUGUAAGAGCUCGGAAGGGAGUGGAACUUGGAAAGGGGAGAGCGAACCUCCUGGAAAGGCCUGGCAGGCCAGUGCCUCUAUCCUAUGCCAUUUUUGAUGGACCCUCAUCAGAUCCUCCACUUGUUUUCCUGCAUGGGCUGUUUGGAAGCAAGUCCAAUUUUUCAUCCCUCGCAAAAAAGUUAGUGCUCCAAACUGGUCGCAAGGUGCUAACAGUAGAUGCCCGCAACCAUGGCGAUAGCUCCCACAGCCCCAUCAUGACCUAUGAAGCAAUGAGUGCUGACAUCCAUCUCUUUCUGAACCAGCUGCAUCUCAGUAGGUGUGUCUUAAUUGGCCACAGCAUGGGCGGCAAGACAGCUAUGGUAUUCGCGCUACAAUGGCCAGAACUGGUGGAGCGCUUAGUGUGUGUUGACAUCAGUCCUAGCCAAACAAAAGAUGUCAGUGGCUUUCAGAAUUUCAUUGCUGCCAUGAAAGCAGUGGAUAUCCCUAAAGGUAUUCCUCGUUCCACUGCACGCCGUAUGGCCGAAGAACAGCUGCGCCCUACUAUUCAGGAGCCAACCAUCCUCUAUUUUCUACUUACCAACCUAAUGAAUGCUGAGGACCAGUUUGUAUGGCGUGUGAAUCUAGAGGCCAUUUCACAGCAUCUGAAUGACCUCAUGAGUUUUCCGGACUUCCAGACAUCUUAUCUAGGGCCUACUCUCUUUCUUGGGGGUUCCAAAUCUGGCUAUAUUAGUUCCAAUAACUACCCUGAGAUCAAACGGCUCUUUCCUGAUGCUGAAAUCCAGCAUAUUCCUGAUGCAGGGCACUGGGUUCAUGCAGAUCAACCCCAAGAAUUCAUCACUACCAUUUGUGACUUCAUUGCACUCCAUCCACUCUAGGAUUUCUGAACAGAUCCACACAAACUAUCCUAUCAAGAUUGGAAGUUUACUCAUUGGACUUAGUGUUGUAUGUGGCUCAUGGUCUGAUUUCAAAAGCUCCAUGCAAGUGAUCCAUUCAGAAUUUUGGUCAAAUUGUCAGUCCCUUCUCUGGUGAUCUGCUGCUUGGAAGAGUUAGUAGUGCGAGUUAGAGAAUGAGAGAAAAGAGAAAUGUUAGAAAAAAGGAGCGUCAGAAAGCAAAACUGAGGAGUCUUAUUCACUUUUGGCUUUGGCUCUGGCUCAACCAACCUUUUGCUCCAGUGCUGCCAGUCAUUCAAUGCAGACUCCAAGGAGGUACACGUAAUGGAAUAUGCCUUCAGGUUUCCCACUUCUGACCUAAAUGAACACACACUGUAGCUAUUGAGACACUCAGAAUCUUACCCAUUUAUUCAGCUAGAUAGCAUGUGAUAAAUGAGAUAAUUAUUUAUUAAUUGUAUAAUUUUUAUAUACCUUGAUGAAGGUAUCUUUUCUUUUAUGUACACUGAGAGCAUAUGCACCAAGACAAAUUCCUUGUGUGUCCAAUCACACUUGGCCAAUAAAAAUUCUAUUCUAUUCUA